GCGAGUUUGGCAUGUGCCGUCCCAAUCGCAAAGGAAAGAACGUCAGUGUAGAUGCGAUGUAAGCGCGCAAGUUUGGAGCGUGUUUGUUCCUGUAGGUUUAUCGCGCGGUAAAAGAGUGUCAGUUUCGUUUACACUAAAAGUUCUCUCGCGUACGAUUCUCAUUCAGAGUUGUUCAAACUGUGCACUGUGCAAUAUGACGCAAGACUCAAGAUACUGGUCGAAAGAGUUGGUAACCAGUUUCAUUGAGAUGUACCAAUCUUAUCCAUGCUUAUGGAAAAUAAAGUCUAAAGAUUACACCAAUAAAAACCUAAAAAAUGCUGGAUAUGACCAAUUACUUGAACUUUGCAAAGGGGUGAAUCCCCAAGCUAAUCGGGAUUAUGUGAUUAAAAAAAUUCAAAGCUUCCGCGGGUCUUUUCGAAAGGAAAUGAAAAAAGUUUUGGAUUCUAAAAGGAGUGGAGCAGGAGAGGAUGAUGUUUAUGUACCCACGCUGUGGUACUACGAUUUAUUAUUGUUCACUGUGGAUCAAGAAAUGCCAACCCAGAGUAUCAGCAAUACUGAUGAGGAAGAAGCGCUUACUGAGGAAAUGACAGUGGGUGAUACAGAUAAAGAAAACGAUCCAUCUCAGGAAUCAGCGGAAUCAGCCCGAUCUUCCACCACUAAUGCAACAUUACAAGCAAACUUAAGACAGUCAAAACCAUGCGCACCCAAGCAAACCGGGAAGGCAAGUGCUAAGAAAAGGCAUACUGACUUCAUGGAUUAUUGCAUGAAACAGUUAGAAUCCAGUAAUGAUGUAGAUGAAUACGAUGCAGUAGGGAUUGCGUGGGGAAAGAAAUUAAAGAGAAUGGAUCCAAGACAAGCAAUUUACGCAGAAAGUUUAAUAAAUAAAAUAAUAAUGGAUGGAAUGUUGAAAAAGUUGACGGAAACAACAAACAUUUACGAUGAAAGCAGAUCAUCUACAUCGACACCAUUUCCCGAAUUUUCACCUUACACUGUAUCAUCAGACAACUCCUCUCCACAGUUAACAGUAUCGAAUAUCGAAUCUACAUCUACACGAUUUCCGCAAUUUUCAUCCUUCACUACUGUGUCAUCAGAGAACUCUGCUCAACACUGUACAUUAUCUAAUGUCGAAGAGACGGACCCAUGCACAAGAACCUAUUAUCAGAACGUUGCAAACUUUUUGAAGUAAUUCAUAGAUACUAUGUACGAGUAUUUAAGCAUUUUAUUAAGUUCAGAAAUAUUAUAUCUUUCAUAUACUUACCUUAAGA